AGCGGCAGUAGCUGAAAAUGUCAGUGCAAUACGGAGAACACUGUGUGUUGCCGAGAGGACCAAAACCGCUUCUGUUAGUAUUGCCAAUUUUAAAACCCCUCCCUCUACAACAACCACCAAACAAAUUUACUAUUAGUCCUUCCGAUGAAUGAUCCGUUUAAACAUGCUCCGGAUGCCCCGCUCUGACUGCGAUCCCUUCAAGCCUCUGCCGGAGCGAUGAAUCAAUCAGCUAUGCAGCAACUUCCCCGGGGGGACGGUGCAGAGCAGCCAGAGGGGGAAACCCUGUUUAAAGCCGGCGAGCGCUAAGACCCAGUGGCUGUCAACCCAAGCAAAGCUGUGCGGAGGCAGAAAGCGGUGCUGCGGCUCCAGCUGACCACGAGGUCCCAGCUGUUUCCCGCCAUUGCUGAAUGUUUUUACUACAACAGUGUAUGUGUAAAAAAAAACACGCGAAUCUGCCAACAACAGCUUUGAUCUUCUUGUGUGUGUUUUGGAAACUGGAUUGCAAAAGAUUCGAUGGCUUAUUACGCGGGGCAGAAGACCUUGCAAGAAUUCCGCAAAGCGGAGAAGGAAGUGAUUGGAGGCUUAUGCAGCCUGUCGAACAUUGCGCUGACGCCGGAGAGCCAGCGGGAUCAUGACCGGCGGAUCCGCAGGGAAAUCGCCAACAGUAACGAGCGCCGACGCAUGCAGAGUAUCAACGCUGGCUUCCAGUCACUCAAAGUGCUGCUGCCUCACACAGACGGAGAGAAGCUCAGCAAGGCAGCAAUCCUUCAGCAGACUGCUGAGUAUAUCUUUGCUUUGGAGGAAGAUAAGACCCGAUUGGUCCAGCAAAAUGCACAUCUAAAGAGACUGGUGCAGGAAUACUCAGGCUCCUCCCCAAAACGGAAACGAGGCGACGAAUCCGACGAAGGGAUCGGUUCUCCCGAUUCUGCGGAUGAAGAGCUGGCUGAGCUAAGGCAGCACCUGGAGAAGGAGAGGCUGAUCCGGAUCACGCUGGAAGAGAAGGUGAAAGCUCUGGAGUCGCAGCUGCAGCCCGGCAAGCUGAAGGAGAUCCUACACCAGGCCCAACUGCAGCAAGAGCAUGACGUGUUGCUGGAGCGGCGGAGGCAGCUUGUGGAGGAGCAACAGAGAAGCAGCAACGCAGCAGCACAGCUGUCCGUCGCACACAGUCCCCCGGCCCCAACUCAACACCCAACAGUCAUAGUGCCAGCACCUCUGCCUCCAAGUGUCCUCCAGGUCAACGUGGUAACCAUGGCACCGAGCUCCGUCAUCAGUACAGUGUCCACAUCGAAACAGAACUUGGACACCAUUGUACAGGCCAUUCAGCACAUUGAAGCCACUGAACAAGGCAUCAAAGAGGAGCCAGUGAGAGUCGAGAAAGAAAUCUCAGCUUUCCUUAAUCUUGACAGGAUGCAGGAGGGCGUCAAGGAGGAACGGGAAUGGCAUGGGCUGGUGGCAGCUUCGCCACUGAUAAUCAAGAGCUCCUUCGGUGACACGCAGUCUGAAAGCCAGGACGCUGAUGGGAGACAGAUGCUGGCAAUGCUUAGGAGGCCCAAAGUGGAGGUGGAGCCAGUUCCAUCUGUGCUCGUCCCAGGGACUGGCAUCCUCUAAGGGAGACUGAAGAGACUUGUUAGUGUGAACUGUGAGAAUGGAGGACAGUGUGGCCAGUCUAUUGAGUUUGAGAUUAAGGGACGUUUGAGUGGCAUUCCUCCCAAACUAAACUCCUUCCAGAGUGAGAGCAGCCUUGAGUGUCCUCUGGUCCCAGCUCUGUGAACAAAGGUGGAAGGAGUUGUUUUUUCUUGGCCAGUUCAGAUUGCUGCAGUUUCCUCUCUGGCCAGUUGCCUCUGAGAGAUAAGCUUGUUGUCUGGAUCUCCUGUCAUUGGCUCAUAUGGCUGAUUUUAUAAUUUCACAACAUCCAGGUAAAUCCAACAGCUGUCACUAAAUUUACUUCAGCAACCACCACAUUUUAGCAGCAAGUAAAUGUUUUAAAUAUAAAAUUACAUUUUUUAAUAGCCCGAUUUUUGGAAUUUGUUUACCAGUGUCAAUCUAAAUGGCAAAUUAAUCCAUCAUUAAAAGGGCAAAUCUCUUGUUAUAGGAGUUAGAUGACAGGCUAGAGAAUGUUGGACCAUUUGUCUCCUAGUGAAAGACUGUUGCUCCUUUUUUUUUUGUGCCUUGCUUCCUGGAAGCUGUGCCUCAAUUGAGGUACUGUGUCACUUACCUGCACUCCUUGCCAUUAGAAGGUGACUUUCCCUGACAUACAUAUCUUGCUUAACAAACACUGGCAGUCAGUUUGACUGGGGGAGUAAUGUGCAUUGUUUGCUGCUUACUUUAUCACAUGCUCGUACUUUCCACUGAAAGAUUACUAGAGCGUGAAUUGGCAGCAAUAGCCCAGGCUUCAUUACUUUAUUCCUGGCCUGACCCAGGAGAUCCAAUUUAGCAGUGCAAUGGAUACCUCAGAGCAACUUUGCACAGACCAGAAAUGGAAACUGGGACUUUCUGGCUGUCACUGCAUCCAGCAAUUGAUUUAUAGAAGUGUGUGAUCGGAAGAACCCCAAGACACAUAUUAAAUCUUAACAUCAGUUAUGAAGCAAACGCUAUUCUUCACACUGAUCAAGCCAAAUCACUUCACAAAAAAUGUUUGAAGAGAAAAUAUCAGGUUAAUGGCAAAAAAUUUGAUCUGAGAGAAAGAGAGUGACCCUGUACCUUCUGGGAUGCUCUACCUGUGGUCUGAGAUUAAGUUGAUACUUAAGAAAGAUUGUGGUCAAUUUGGGAACACUUUGGAUGGACCCUGUAUUCACGUAGACAUUUUUGUUUUGAGUAAUUUGGGCUGACUAACUGCUUCAUGGUAUUCAAUGCAUAAUGGAGUCACUACAGGGUUUGAUGUAAAGUUUUAUUGUAGGUGGUAUCUUUUUACAUAAUUUUUUUCAAAAAAAAAAGUGCAUUUAUGGGAUAAUGUAAAGAAGAAUCUAGCAGUCUUUUUUGGUACAGCUUUGAAUAAUCUUUUACAAGCCACAAUAUGAAAUGUCAGCGUAGUGUGUGGCAGAACAAUCAUUGGUGCCAAGCCUUUCAGCACAUUGCUGAAAUCUGGUUGGUGUAGCCUGGUCUUAAUAGGACUGCUCCUGUCUGUACAUUGUAUGGGAGGGGAGGGUUGUAUAAAAUGUUUUUAGAGCACUUAAAAUUGAGUUUUUAAAGGUUAUUUGUUUAUUUUCUUAAAAAUCUCACUUCAAAUUAUACAAUCUUUUUGACAAUUUGAGCUUAAUGCUUUGCACACAAGAUUGACUUGUGACUUUUGUUGGGAAAAGGCUUAGAUCUCAAAACUGAUGGCUUGUGUUCUUUUUAAAGAGAGCACUCCAUAUGUAAAUGUUAUCAUUCUGAAUGCUGUUUUUGCGGUGUUUACUCAAAAGGAGAGUGGAUUUUUACAGGUGCGCCACUGGGAGGAUUAGCAGUUUCUUGUUGGCUGCCCACCUUUCCGACAAACAUGGGUGUGGACCAGGUGCAUUUGGGCUUAGCCCCAUGUCCAGCAAUGUUGGCACACCCUCCAAGCCUGCUUCCAGAACACAAUCCACUGAUUGAGAGACACCAAAGGAGCUAAUAGUAAUAGCAGGAUUGAAAAAAAUAAAGGAAAACAGUAAGAAGUGUGUCUAGGAGAGUGGAGUUAAUGAUUUGACAUGAUUUUAUAAGAAUGGUGGAGCAGACUUGUAACUAUUUCAUCAACUGCCUGCUUUUAAUCAAGUUUGGUUGGCUGAUCUUAGUUAUUAUAAGUACAGAAGGCAGCCAUUCAGCCAGUUGAGUCUGGGCCAGGGGGGUGGUUGAGUGUUUCUUCCAAGCGGUUGCUCACAGCCCAGUGGGAGUUAUGGUACAGGCUGUGGUGGUUUGUAGCCCCAGGUGUUUUGACUUUUCCUGUUGUGGAAAGUUGACAGCGGUCAAACGGCAAAAGCCUCAUUGUGAAGUUCUCCAAGUGGGUUCAGAAGAAAUUUAUAAUCUUGCCAUGUCAUUAAAGCACUAGCAGGUUUUU